CCUUGCGGCGCUGGCCGCUCCCGGAUGUGUGCCUGGCGCCGGAAGAGAAGACGGCCCCCCUCUCUCGGCCCGGCCAUCUUGUGGGAAGAGCUGAAGCAGGCGCUCUUGGCUCGGCGCGGCCCGCUGCAAUCCGUGGAGGAACGCGCCGCCGAGCCACCAUCAUGCCUGGGCACUUACAGGAGGGCUUCGGCUGCGUGGUCACCAACCGAUUCGACCAGUUAUUUGACGACGAAUCGGACCCCUUCGAGGUGCUGAAGGCAGCGGAGAACAAGAAAAAAGAAGCCGGCGGGGGCGGCGUUGGGGGCCCCGGGGCCAAGAGCGCAGCUCAGGCCGCGGCCCAGACCAACUCCAACGCGGCAGGCAAACAGCUGCGCAAGGAGUCCCAGAAAGACCGCAAGAACCCGCUGCCUCCCAGCGUUGGCGUGGUUGACAAGAAAGAGGAGACGCAGCCGCCCGUGGCGCUCAAGAAAGAAGGAAUAAGACGAGUUGGAAGAAGACCUGAUCAACAACUUCAGGGUGAAGGGAAAAUAAUUGAUAGAAGACCAGAAAGGCGACCACCUCGUGAACGAAGAUUCGAAAAGCCAGUUGAAGAAAAGGGUGAAGGAGGCGAAUUUUCAGUUGAUCGACCGAUUAUUGACCGACCUAUUCGAGGUCGUGGUGGUCUUGGAAGAGGUCGAGGGGGCCGUGGACGUGGAAUGGGCCGAGGAGAUGGAUUUGAUUCUCGUGGCAAACGUGAAUUUGAUAGGCAUAGUGGAAGUGAUAGAUCUUCUUUUUCACAUUACAGUGGCCUGAAGCACGAGGACAAACGUGGAGGUAGCGGAUCUCACAACUGGGGAACUGUCAAAGACGAAUUAACAGAGUCCCCCAAAUACAUUCAGAAACAAAUAUCUUAUAAUUACAGUGACUUGGAUCAAUCAAAUGUGACUGAGGAAACAACUGAAGGUGAAGAACAUCAUCCAGUGGCAGACACUGAAAAUAAGGAGAAUGAAGUUGAAGAGGUAAAAGAGGAGGGUCCAAAAGAGAUGACUUUGGAUGAGUGGAAGGCUAUUCAAAAUAAGGACCGGGCAAAAGUAGAAUUUAAUAUCCGAAAACCAAAUGAAGGUGCUGAUGGGCAGUGGAAGAAGGGAUUUGUUCUUCAUAAAUCAAAGAGUGAAGAGGCUCAUGCUGAAGAUUCGGUUAUGGACCAUCAUUUCCGGAAGCCAGCAAAUGAUAUAACGUCUCAGCUGGAGAUCAAUUUUGGAGACCUUGGCCGCCCAGGACGUGGUGGCAGGGGAGGACGAGGUGGACGUGGGCGUGGUGGGCGCCCAAACCGUGGCAGCAGGACCGACAAGUCAAGUGCUUCUGCUCCUGAUGUGGAUGACCCAGAGGCAUUCCCAGCUCUGGCUUAACUGGAUGCCAUAAGACAACCCUGGUUCCUUUGUGAACCCUUCUGUUCAAAGCUUUUGCAUGCUUAAGGAUUCCAAACGACUAAGAAAUUAAAAAAAAAAAAAAAAAAAAAAGACUGUCAUUCAUACCAUUCACACCUAAAGACUGAAUUUUAUCUGUUUUAAAAAUGAACUUCUCUCGCUACACAGAAGUAACAAAUAUGGUAGUCAGUUUUGUAUUUAGAAAUGUAUUGGUAGCAGGGAUGUUUUAAUAAUUUUCAGAGAUUAUGCAUUCUUCAUGAAUACUUUUGUAUUGCUGCUUGCAAAUAUGCAUUUCCAAACUUGAAAUAUAGGUGUGAACAGUGUGUACCAGUUUAAAGCUUUCACUUCAUUUGUGUUUUUUAAUUAAGGAUUUAGAAGUUCCCCCAAUUACAAACUGGUUUUAAAUAUUGGACAUAUUGGUUUUAAUACCUGCUUUGCAUAUUCACACAUGGUCAACUGGGACAUGUUAAACUUUGAUUUGUCAAAUUUUAUGCUGUGUGGAAUACUAACUAUAUGUAUUUUAACUUAGUUUUAAUAUUUUCAUUUUUGGGGAAAAAUCUUUUUUCACUUCUCAUGAUAGCUGUUAUAUAUAUAUGCUAAAUCUUUAUAUACAGAAAUAUCAGUACUUGAACAAAUUCAAAGCACAUUGGUUUAUUAACCCUUGCUCCUUGCAUGGUUCAUUAGGUUCAGAUUAUAACUGAUUUACAUUUUCAACUAUAUUUACUUUUUAAAUGUGUGACUUUCCCAUUUUAAAAUCUAAACUAGACAUCUUAAUUGGUGAAAGUUGUUUAAGCUACUUAUUGUUGGUAGACACAUCCUGUCAAGUGAAGUAGUUUUAUAGGUAUGGGUUUUUUCUCCCCCUCCACCAGGGUGGGUGGAAUAAGUUGAUUUGGCCAAUGUGUAAUAUUUGAACUGUUCUGUAAAAUAAGUGUCUGGCCAUUUGGUAUGAUUUCUGUGUGUGAAAGGUCACAAAAUCAAAAUGGUGCAUCCAUGAUCAGCAACCAUUUAACCCUUCCUUGUUCUAAAACAAAAACCAAAGGGCACUGGUUGGUAGGGUGAGGCAGGGGAGUAUUUUCAUUUUUGGAAUUUGGGAAGCAGACAGCUUUACUUUAUAAGGUUGGAACAGCAGCACUAUCCAUGAAAUAUAAACCAAAAAUCUUUACUAUUUCCUAGAUUGCUAUUAUUUGGUCCUAAGUUGAGUGUUCCACAGAAAGUGGUAAUUAUCUUUUCUCUCUUCCUCCAUUAGAAAAUUAGGUUAAUAAUGGAUUCCUAUAAUGGGAGCAUCACUACUUAUUAAAACACACAUAGAAUGAUGAAUAAAGUUUUCUAGGAUUGUCUUUUAUUCUGCCACAUUUAUUGAUAAACUGAAGGAAUUUUUUAAAAAGUUUUAAGAAUCAUUUGUCACGUCAUUUUUAGAAAUGUUCUACCUGUAUAUGGUAAUGUCCAAUUUUAAAAGUAUUGGACAUUUCAGUCUUAAACAUUUAUAUUUAGCUGAUUGGUUCUCACAUAUACUUCUGAAAGAGAAAUUUUAUGUUAUAAGAGUUACUUGUUUGGAUUAGAUUUAUUCUCAGUUACCUGCCAUUCUGACAUUUUAGGAAGGAGGUAAUUGUUUUUAACGAUGGAUAAACUCGUGCUGGUGUUUUGGAUCUUAUGAUGCUGAGCAUGUUCUGCACUGGUGCUAUUGUCUAAUAUAAUUUUAUAUUUACAAACAUACCUGCUACCCAGAGAUUAAUUUAGUCCAUAUGAACUGUUGACCCCUUUUGAGACGGCAACAUACGCACUCAUAAAUCAGUGUGUUUAGACUUUUCAAGUAUCUAACUCAUUUCCAAACAUGUACCAUGUUUAUAAACCUCUUGAUUUCUAGCAACAUGCUAUAGAAAACACCUGCUAUUCAAAACACAACUUCUCAGUGUCAUCCAUUGCUGUCGUGAGAGACAACAUAGCAAUAUCUUGUAUGUUGCAAGCUUUCAAGAUAGCCUGAACUUAAAAAGUUGGUCCAUUAGUUGUACCUGAUGGAUAUAAAUUUGCCUCCUAGUUCACUUUGUGUCAAGAGCUAAAACUGUGAACCUAACUUUCUCUUACUGGUGGGUAAUAACUGAAAAUAAAGAUUUAUUUUCAUGCUCACUUCUUAAAAGUCAUAAAAACAAUCAAAUAGGA